UGCCGCCGGCCGCCGCCGCUCUGCCCCGCCUGCGGCCGCCCCCUGCGCGGCGCCGGCCUGGCCGCGGCCCCCGUGCGCCUCCCCUGCCCCUUCCGCCACGGGCACCGGCAGCGCCGAGCCCUGCUCCUGCGGCCCUCCGCCGGCACCUUCCUCGGAGGAUACGACGGGAAAUCUGAUCUUCACGUUGGAAUAACCAACGCCAAUGGAGUGGUGUAUAACUACAAUGAAGAGGGCAUUCACAGAGAUGAAACUGGAUGGGAACAGUGCAUUAGCGUCCCACUAGUACAGCCAGAUAUGUUUGAGCUUCUUCAGCAGUGGGAUAGGCUCCUAGAGGAAUUUUCUGUGGGAGAGGCCUGGCUUCCUCACAGGUAUGAAGAACAUGACCACAACUGCUAUACAUACGCACUAGCAUUCAUUAACAGUAUCCUGACUGCACAAGGAAAGCAGCAAAUGAGUAAAAGUGAAUUUACAGAGAAAUUUGUGAUCCCACAGACAAAGAAUGCUUCUAAAUAUAUUACCCUGCAUCAGGAGCUAACUACUAAAGAUUUCUACAUUGUACCCCUUCCUGAUCAAGAAAACCAGUGUGGAAAUUGACAAGUUGUGACAUGAAACACCUACAAAAUACAACAUGAAAAGAAAGCCUUAAGACUCCAAAUCUCAGGGUUUAAGAUAUAUGAACAGCUUGAUGUAUGUAAAAACACAACUUUAUGUAUGUUAACCUGCAUAUUAUGGAAGGAUCAUGAAACGAAAUUUGUGUAUUUUGAAUGAAAUAACAUGCAUACGAUGUACAUGCUACAGAAAAUUUCUAUGGAAACCAGAUGUGGAAAAAUGUUUUCCUUUUUACAUCCACUAUACACUGUGUUCUGCCAAGAGGCAGAAUAUCAGAAAUCAUAACUGCUGGGUAAUCAAGGGUAUUAACACGUGAACUGUUGUAACUUAAGCUGUAUCAAACCAUCACUUUUCCUCAGCUAGCACAUUUGUUUACAGAUAGGCGGAAAAGGAAUUUAUACUUGCCUGCUGCUCAAGUCUGAAGUCCAUGACAACGCAAAGUCAUUUUCCUUUACUUCAAUUACUAAUGAAUAUAACAAGUAAAUCCAGA